AUGGAAUGUGAGACUCCAUAUCUUAUAGUAAUAGAGGAACAUCCACCAAUAUACUUUUAUGGUUGCAUAAGAUCAUUGAUGGCAGUCCCGUUCUUGGAGUCUUGUUACAACCUUUACUAUGGAGAGCUAAGAAAAAUUAUUCGCAGCUUUUUAAGAUUCUAUUGCCUUACUGCAUGCCAUGCCUUAAAAAGAGCAGAAGAUUAUAAAAAUACUUUAGAAUACAAUAGUAUGAUGCAUCUGUUUAACAAAACAGUUGUUUACCAUCAACGCAGUCACGACGAGUUCCUUAAAGAAUUUCAACCCAUCGAAUCAACAGAAGAACAAGAGAAAUUUGAUGCAAUAAUAUCACUAUAUAAUACUUUUAAGGAAAAACUGUUGGAAUUUGGUGAACAAUUAAAAACUUUCAAUAAACAGGAUAAAGUAGAUGUUUUUGCCAAAGAUCAUUUUACAAUAUGCGGUGAAAAGCUUCAUCAGCUCAAUGAAUACACACACAUUUUCAUAGCGAAAUGGUUAGAAGAACAUACCAGAGAAAUCCGUGUCAGUCUAGAAGACAUCCACCGUCGAUUGCGUAUCAACUUCGCUGAGUACAAGAAAGGGUAUGAAGACCGUUUGAAUUAUCUUCACAACGAAUUAUACGAGCUGAACAAGGAGAGUGUGGCGAUCUCGAGAGCCCCACACAAAUCUACACAAGCGGCUGCCGUAAAUAAAAAGAAAAUAGCCGUAGUUAAAAAUAAAAUACAAUCAUUUGGGAAUUUUUUUGUUUUUAACCGGCUCAACCAAGAACUUGAGUUUUGGACACAAAGAGUAGCUGCAUUGGAAGAAAUAACAACAAUUAUUGCUAAGGUUAAAACGGCGUUGGAAAAAGCGAAGGCGGAGGAGAAAGCGCAUUCAAAAUACGAGCCGAUUCACCUAGCUAACACGCACAAGUACGUGUGCUGGAACAGAAUGGCUGAAAAUAUAAUAAAGUAUAGAACAGAUCUUGAAAAUAAAUACGUGGAAGUAUGCAGACCGCUCAUGACUUUUUUCUCUGCUAGAGGUGCGGAUCGUAUUAUGUACUCGGAUAGCGUCGGUUCGUUCUACAUUGAUGAAUACGGACAUCAGAACUACAUCACUGACUACGGCGCUAAGUACUACCACAUGAACUGUGAAGGUCAAUACAUACUGAACCAGGAUAAUGAAAAAUAUUACUUCGACAAGAACGGCCGCUACGUAAUAAAAGACGGCAAUAAAGUCUAUCAACUUGCUCCCUGUACAAGUUCCAACACCCUGACAGAGAACGGAUUGUGGCGCAAUCUUGAGCCAUGUAGAUGCACGGGAAUAUGUUUGGCCAAAGUACCCUUCGGGACAUGUUCUACUCGCGUUCACAAUUUGAAUGAUGCGGUGCUUUUGCCAAAGUCGGAAGUUAUUAAUAUUGAAAAAACAUUAGAUUCUGAUACAGUAAAAUAUUUGUGGCACCACUUCGGAUGGAUACUACCUGAAGUGCUCAAUGAAGUCGGUAGAGUGCAGCCAAGGAAUCCGAUACACUACCUUGGACAUUUGAUAUUGAACAAAACCCAUUCUAUUACUUGUAAGAAUAUCAAAGAGCGACAAAAGUUAGCUAAGAAAUACCGAGAGGAUAUUCAUAAACAACGCAAAAUGGAAGUGGAUGAGCGAAUUCGUGCUUGGAACGCGAAGCAGGCGAAGCCUUUCAAGGCUUCAGACUGGGACGAUUCUGCUGACAAGCCGCUCCAAGACUCACACCAAUUUGCCGCUGAUUUAUUGAUGUAUUAUAGUCAAUAA